GAAUAUAGCUGCUUAUAUUCCUACUCACUUUUGUCUCCUCCAGACUCAAUGGCCAGACCGAGACCGCUGAUGGCGAUUUUGUGAUGUAUGACCACGAGGAAGUGCCAUCACAUUCACGCAAGCGUAAAGCUACCGCCGACGUCUACGAUCGCGGAAGCUCCACCGACGAAGACGCUGCCCCGUCUCCAACCCGUCGCUCCAAUGCCGAGUUUCGCAGAACCCUACCUAAACCAGACUCUAACCGCCGCUCUGCGGGUACACUGUUCCUCGAAAAUGAAGACUUAGAACUCGACGAAGGCCUCGAAGAUGAUGAAAACUCCCAAGACGGAGACUUUACCACCGCUGGGACCAGUGAUCACUCUUCCUCACCGAUGCCCAAUUCGCCCCAGAACCGUUCCAUAAAUCUUGCUGUCCGUGAACCCUACCUCGAGGCCCCGGUUCAUCUCUCCCGUGCCCAUCACUUAAAGCGUAACCCGCCCAAAGUCACACCAAAAAUACACUACUCAAAGCGUUCCAUGCCCGAACACGACCCUGAGAACCACGAAAUCCUGCGCCUUCGCACCAUCGAGAAACUUCAGUGGAGUGAAAUUGCCCGCCUACUCAAUGCUGACCGCGCAGCCGCCGGCAUUCCAGGCCUCCUCACCGACGCUGCUGUCUACGGGCGUUUCGUUCGCAAUGGACCACGUAUUGCGGCCCUGGAGGGCAAAGAGCUGGAUCCCAAGGAUUAUAUGCAUAUCCGUCACAAGAAGUUAACAAGGCAGGAGCCGGAGAAAUUUGCACAGUGGACGCCAGCACACGACGAGGCGCUGGUGCACAGCUUGUUUCAGGCCGAAGACGAAUUGUGGAAGAGGGUUGCGGAAUUGUUAGAGGAUAAGACAGGCAUGCCAUUUGAUGCGCAGGACUGCUUUAAGCGAUAUCAAUUGAUCUAGGGUGAGAUGCCUAUGGUCGUCCAUGACAUUUCGAGUUGAUAAUGGCGGUAAGGAUCGUCAUCACUUACGCAAAAUAUCGCUCGGCGGGAUCAUGGUCAUGAAAUUGGACGACGAGUGUCUCAUGAUCUAGCGUCACCUGGAUAUCGGAUGUUCACGUGUAGUGUUAGGCUGGAAAUGAGACUACGAUGCAUGCACAUGGCUUACUUAAUGGCGUUACUCU